GCCGUCGCCGCUGCGGGAACGGACGCCGGGCUGGGUCCGCUCAGAUCCGUCCCGCCCCCGGACCGCGAUGGCCGUCCGGCAGAGUCCGCUGCUGGUGCCGCUGGCGCUGCUGGUGCUGGUCUGGGGCCAGCCGCCUGUUGACGCCGUCCUGCCGCCCUCGUUUCGCAUAGAGCAGACGAGCGACUCGUUCCGACUGCUCCUUCAGGACGACCUGCUCUUGGUUGACCAUGGGCCGGGUCAUGCAGCCGUCGUCCUGGGCACGGGAACCACCACCUUCAAGGAGACGACCGGCAACUUCAUCAUCAACGACACGAUCACGGAGCGUCUGCCGCUGAGCUCCUUCUCCGUCUCCGCGGAGAGCGAGUCGGCGGCCACGGUGACGCUGUGGUCCUCCACGGACGCCGAAAGCACCGUCACCCUGCGCUUCAGCACGUCCGCAGACUCGGUGCUGAUCGGCGGCGGCGCCGCGCGCCCGGAGCGCUUCGACCGGCUGUGGCUGCGGCUGCACGCCGAACCCGACGAGACCGUGUUCGGCGGCGGAGAGCAGUACACCUUCUUCAACCUGCGCGGCCGCGACUAUCCCGUGUGGACGCGCGAGCAGGGCAUCCUGCGCGACCCGGACAACCCGCUCACCGACAUCAUCAGUCUGGACGGCGGCGCCGGCGGCGACUACCACACCACCUACUGGCCCGAGGCCAGCUUCCUCUCCUCGCGGGGCUAUUAUUUCCGCAGCGUGACGCACGAGUACGGCGCGCUGCAGUUCAGCUCGGAGGAGCGUCACGAGCUGUACACCCAGUCGGCCGGCGCGCUGGACGUCCGUGUGGCGGCCGGCUCCCCGCUGCAGCUGGUCCAGUGGGCCAACACGGGCCGCCAGCUGCUGCCCGACUGGGCCUCCGAGGGCGUCAUCCUCGGCCUCGAGGGCGGCACCGAGUUCAUGAUGCAGCGCUACCAGCAGGCGCGAGACGCCGGCAUCAAGGUGGCCGGCAUCUGGAUCCAGGACUGGUCCGGUAUCGUCAACACCGCCUUCGGCGAGCGCGUGUUCUGGAACUGGCGCUGGAACGAGACGCACUACCCGGGCCUGGACACGGUCAUCCAGACCCUGAAGGCCGACGGCGUCCGGCUCCUCGCCUACAUCAACCCCUACCUCAACAUUGACGGCGACAUCUACCAGAACAACAAGGACAUGGGCUACUUCCUCACGGACGCUAGCGGCGCCGAGUACGUGCAGGACUUUGGCGGCUUCAGCUGCGUCACGGUCGACCUGCUUUCAGAGCCGGCGUCGGCCUGGUACGAGCAGCUGAUCCGCACCAAUAUGCUCGACCUGGGCAUCUCCGGGUGGAUGGCCGACUUUGCCGAGUACGUGCCCGUGGACGCGGUGUCUGCGGGCGCUGCGGCGCUCAGCUCGCCGGCGGCUCUGCACAACACGUUCCCGGCGCUCUGGGGCCGCGCCAACCGGCGUGCCGUCACAGCCGCCGGAAAGGAGGACGACACGCUCUUCUUCGUGCGCUCCGGCAACACGGAGCAGGCGCAGCACGCCGCCAUGACUUGGUCGGGCGACCAGAACGUCGACUGGACCACCACCGACGGCCUCGUCACCACCGUCGUGUCGGCGCUUUCGCUCGCUAUCGCCGGCUGCGGACUGAACCACUUCGACAUCGGCGGCUACACCACGCAGCGGCCGUUCUUCGUGCGCUCCGAGGAGCUCCUGCUGCGCUCGGCUGAGUAUGCCGUCUUCACGCCCGUCAUGCGCACCCACGAGGGAAACCGGCCCGACGCCAACGUUCAGUGGUACUCCAACGAGCGCAUCUUGGCGGCGUUCGCCCGGCUCUCUCGUCAGUUCGCCGCGCUGGCGCCAUACACGCGCGCUGCCCUAGCCGAGUACGGAGAGUCACACACGCCUCUGCAGCGACCGACGUUCCUGCACUACCCGAAUGAGCUGAGCGGGUACACCAACCUGACCGGCUACCAGUACCUGUACGGCCGCGACCUGCUCGUGGCGCCCGUGUACGAGGAGGGCGCGCAGAGUCGCCGCCUGCGCCUGCCCGAGGACAGCUGGGUGCACCUCUGGACCGGGGAGCAGUGGCAGGGGCCACAGGAGGUGACCGUGGACGCCCCUCUCGGCCAGCCGCCCGUCUUCUACCGGGCCGACUCAGAGUGGGUCGAGCUCUUCAAGCAGAUCAGUCAGAUUACCGAGUAGCGUGAAACCGCGGGCACCGGCGCCGAUCGAACGGCUCGAGGUUUCGUGCCCAACAAGGUUAGAGAAGACUGAGCAAGAGCAGGUCCGAGCGGCGACCGAAUUUUACUUAUUUAUUUAUUGCGGUUUAAGCCGAGUGACGACAGAGCUUUGGAUUGGUGGGCACUGGGCGCCAAAAACCGGCUAAGUGACUUCUCCUUGGCCAGUAGCUAAGAGGCGAGUCGCGUAGUGGUCCCUAGCUACGUGGCUAGAUAUGCUGCUCAAUGGAUGCGUGCAAAACGUGCGUAUUGACCUCUAAACGUAUUUGACCUCUCAUUGGUCAAACAGCAACUAUGUAAUGUAGCCGCGUAUCUGUGCCCGACUCAUAGACAACUAAUGAGGGCUUGCGCUGAAUGUAAGCUGCUUGCAUUCGUAAUAUCGACUGUUGGUGAUAUCGAAUAAUAAGAACAUCAUACUCCAA